AAGACCUGCCCAUAAAUACUUAGAGCAACACUUUCCGUCUAACUGAGAGAGCAGCAAUUGAUUAAUAGCUCGGCGAGGGGACACACUGACUGUUAUAAUAACACUACACCAGCAACUCCUGGCUUUCCAACAGCCGGAACACGGAUAGGAGAGAGUCAGUGGCAAAGAGCCAUUUUUUUUCUUUCUUAAAAAACAAAUCAAACCAGCAACUUGUUUGCUAGUUUUAUUUCUGUUGGAUUUUUUCUUUUCUUUUUAGUGGUGGUUGUUUCUAAGUGUGGAGGGCAAAAGGAGAUACCAACCCAGGCUCAGUCCUAUCCCUCUCCAAAACGGCUUCUCUGACACUCCAGCUGUCUGACAACAUCUAUCCGGUGGAGGACCUCGGCCCCACGUCGGUGACCAUCUUCCCCAAUGCCGAACUGGGAGGCCCCUUUGACCAGAUGAACGGAGUGGCUGGAGAUGGCAUGAUCAACAUUGACAUGACUGGAGAGAAGAGGUCCUUGGAUCUCCCGUAUCCUAGCAGCUUUGCUCCUGUCUCUGCACCCAGGAACCAGACCUUCACUUACAUGGGCAAGUUCUCCAUUGACCCCCAGUACCCUGGUGCCAGCUGCUACCCAGAAGGCAUCAUCAAUAUCGUGAGUGCAGGCAUCCUGCAGGGGGUCACUUCCCCAGCUUCGACCACAGCCUCGUCCAGCGUCACCUCUGCCUCCCCCAACCCAUUGGCCACAGGAGCCCUGGGCGUGUGCACCAUGUCCCAGAACCAGCCUGACCUGGACCACCUCUACUCUCCACCACCGCCUCCUCCUCCUUAUUCUGGCUGUGCGGGAGACCUCUACCAGGACCCCUCGGCAUUCCUGUCUGCAGCUACCACCUCCACCUCGUCUUCUUUGGCCUACCCACCGCCUCCUUCCUACCCAUCGCCCAAGCCAGCCACGGACCCAGGUCUCUUCCCCAUGAUUCCAGACUAUCCGGGAUUUUUCCCACCUCAGUGCCAGAGAGACCUACACGGUACAGCUGGCCCAGAUCGCAAGCCCUUUCCUUGUCCCUUGGACUCCCUGCGGGUCCCCCCUCCACUCACUCCACUCUCUACCAUCCGUAACUUCACCCUGGGGGGCCCCAGUGCUGGGGUCACAGGACCAGGGGCCACCGGAGUCAACGAGGGACCCCGGCUGCCUGGCAGCAGUUCAGCAGCCGCGGCCGCUGCCGCCUAUAACCCACACCACCUGCCACUGCGGCCCAUCCUGAGGCCUCGCAAGUACCCCAACAGACCAAGCAAGACGCCGGUGCACGAGAGGCCUUACCCAUGCCCAGCAGAAGGCUGUGACAGGCGGUUCUCCCGCUCUGACGAGCUGACAAGGCACAUCAGAAUCCAUACUGGGCAUAAGCCCUUCCAGUGUCGGAUUUGCAUGCGCAACUUCAGCCGGAGUGACCAUCUCACCACGCACAUCCGCACCCACACCGGUGAGAAGCCCUUUGCCUGUGAUUACUGUGGCCGCAAGUUCGCCCGGAGCGAUGAAAGGAAGCGUCACACCAAGAUCCACCUGAGACAGAAAGAGCGGAGAAGCAGUGCUCCCUCCUCGGCGGCACCAGCCUCCUCCGCCACGCCCUGUGCCGGGGGCUCGCAGGCCGGGGGCGGCCUGUGCAGCGGUAGCAACAGCACUCUUGGCGGAGGGCCACUGGCCCCUUGUUCUUCUCGGACCCGGACACCUUGAGCUGAGACUGAAACUGACAGCAUCACUUCCUGCAGGCCCUUUGUCCAUUCCAGCUGCACCACAAACACUACCACCUUUCCCUGCUCCUCCCUUCCUCUGUUGGGCAGAGGGGUUUGGUGGAGCCCAACCUGGGGCUUCUUUCCUCUCAGAAGUGAGUCCUUCCUAAAACUUAGCCCCCCGUAGUGUCUCUUAGGUGAGCUGACCGUCACCCAAGGCACCGGGAAGGCUCAGAAGAGGCCUGGGUGUGGACCCUGGCCUUGAGGGCUGAGGUUCAACCCUGCUUUAAAGGGUUCUUUGACUAGAAGGGUUUUGCUCCCCUUUCCCUUUCUUUUGACCCAGGACAGGUUUUUGAUCCUGGAUGGCAGAGUUGAUCUGAGACUUUUUCUACAGUAGGUUGGGAGAUGCUGAUCUCUUCAAGUGGGGACAGCAAGAAGACAAGCAAAACUGAUGUGCACUUUAUGGCUUGGGACUGAUUUGGGGGGCGCUGUACAGUGACCAAACAGCCUUUGUUUGCAGCUGGUGGCCCUAGAACAGCGAAUCAAAGCUUAUCUAGUCAUCUCAACCCUUUGAGCAAUAUGUAUUAUAAACUCAGACAACAGAAGUGCAAUGUGAUGGGAGGGACAUAGCAAUACCUGCUCCUUUUUGAGUUGAAAAAUGUAGACUAUUUUUGCAGUGUAUAUCCAUUCAGAUUUUGUGUAUUUUUGAUGUGCACUGUUCUCCAAGUUCUGAACCUUUGGGAAAAAAUGUAAAGCAUUUAUGAUCUCUUGAAAUGAGUCAGAGGUUAACUUAUUUAAAGAGUGAUGUACAUAUAAUUCUCUAAAACUAGCAUGCAUGCAAUUGUGUUGAAGUGUCCUUGGUGCCUUGUGUGAUGUAGACAAUGUUACAGGGUCUGCAUGUAAAUGGGUUGCCUUACUAUGGAAAAUAAAUUCACUCCCUGGGUUAAGUAUGGCUGUAUAUUUCUGCCUAUUAAUAUUUGGAAUUUUUUUUAGAAAGUAUAUUUUUGUAUGCUCUUGUUUUGUGACUUAAAAGUGUUACCUUUGUAGUCAAAUUUUGGAUUUGUUUGGUUAUUAGCUCUUAAUAGCUGUGGAAAAAUAAAUGAUCUAACACAAAAACCACUAACAAGUUCAAAUAAUGAAUGGCUUAUGACUAUAGUGUAAAUAAAUACUUUUCAACAAUA